GAGUAACGAGGUGGGGCGUCUACGCACAGUGAGAAGCAACAAGUUGCUCGGGCGGGCUGUCAGACGGACGGUUACUACAUCGUGCUUCCAGCGGCAGGUGGUCACCGCGCGUCCAGCACUUUGUGAAUGGGAUUGCGAGCGCAGAACCUUCAGAGCACCUGAUUGUUAUGGACGGUGUAGAGUAACUUUUUUUUAAAGAACUUGCUCAGCUGUCUUUUCAUUCACUCGUGAACGCGGAAAGUGAAUAUUGGUACAUUUAGGUGAUUUUGACGGCCGUGCGUAAUGCUCUCCGUGUAGAGCCUUUUGAUACUUUUUUAUUUGUAUUUUAUGUUGUUGCGUUGUUAAUAAUGGCACUCGCUAGAUUAAGCAGAAUAUUCCGUCUGCCUACUCUUGACAUCAAAAAGAAAGUCAAGCAGUAUGAGCACGUUCACCGGGACAUCAAUCCGAACGAUCUAUGGGAAAUUAUCGGCGAGCUGGGCGACGGUGCGUUUGGGAAAGUCUACAAGGCCAGGAACAAGGAGACAGGAGCUCUGGCUGCUGCCAAAGUCAUCGAGACAAAAUGUGAGGAGGAGCUGGAGGACUACAUCGUUGAGAUUGACAUCCUGGCUAAAUGUGACCACCGCUACAUUGUCAAGCUGCUAGACGCAUUUUACCAUGACAACAAACUGUGGAUCAUGAUUGAGUUCUGCCCCGGAGGUGCCGUGGAUGCCAUAAUGCUAGAGUUGGAUCGUGGGCUGACGGAGCCGCAGAUUAAGGUGGUCUGUCGCCAGAUGCUGGAAGCUCUGGAUUACCUCCACAGCAUAAAGAUCAUCCACAGAGACCUGAAGGCUGGUAACAUCCUCCUCAUGCUGGAUGGGGACAUCAAACUGGCUGAUUUUGGCGUAUCUGCGAAAAACACCAAAACCUUACAACGAAGAGAUUCUUUCAUUGGAACACCAUAUUGGAUGGCCCCAGAGGUGGUAAUGUGCGAGACAAUGAAGGAUGCUCCAUACGACUACAAGGCGGAUGUCUGGUCUCUCGGGAUCACUCUGAUUGAGCUUGCCCAGAUUGAACCCCCGCACCAUGAGCUCAACCCCAUGAGGGUGCUGCUGAAGAUCGCCAAGGCGGAGCCUCCCACCCUGGAGCAGCCGCACAAAUGGUCACAGGACUUUAAAGAUUUCCUGAAGAAAGCUUUGGACAAAAACCCAGAGACUCGUCCGACUGUAGCACAACUCACAGAGCACCCUUUUGUGAGAUCAGUGACGUCUAACCGUCCGCUGCGGGAGCUGGUGGCCGAGGCCAAGGCUGAAGUCAUGGAGGAAAUAGAGGACAAUAGGGAGGAAGGAGAGGAGGAUGACGCCAUGGAGCUCACAGUGACCAGUCAGACCAGUUUGGAAGGAGACCAGUCUGUGGACACCCCAAACCCCACCACAACCUCCCAAACCACUCCAACACCUCUACCUAGGAAGGGGGACGAGGCCGAUACACCAACACAGGAGCAGCCGGGCCCCAUCAUGGUGGUCCCUGUUCCCCUACCACGGCAGAAUCUCCCUCCAAAGGAUCCAGAAGAGUUGGACGACAAACUGGCCGAUGAUGUCAUUCUUGAGUCUGAGAAAUCUGAGAGCGAGGCCUCAACCAAGACCUCCAGCUCAGAUUCGGGUAUCGAGGAUGGGAAGAGUACCCCGACAUCGGAGGAAAAGGUUGCUGUGGAGACCCCAAAGACGGAACAGCCACCAUCUCUCCAACUGGAGGCAUCUGAGGAACAUGUCGACAUCAUCGUUGACUCAACAGACACAAGGCUGCCCCAGGUCCAGGUGACCGAGGACGAGAGCAAAGCUGUGGCUAACGGAGGCUUACCAACUCCCGGCCCAAGUCCCACUGUCACUCCUACAGCCACUCCUGCGCCCUCCUCUGCUCCUACCCCAGUGCAUACACAUCGUUCUGAGCCAAAUGGUGGCCUAAUAGAGCGGACUUCGACGCGAGGAAAGGCAGAGGUGCUCUCACCUUAUAUCGCUGGAGGGAUUAUAAAAAAACGGUACUCUUAUUCAGACAGCAUGGCGUCUGAGAGCAUGGACAUGUCGAUCCACAAGGAGAGCAUCUCUAUGUCAGCAAGGAACUUCUCAAGUAAGACUCUGAAACGAACCAGGAAGUAUGUUAUCGACGGCGUGGAGGUGAGUGUGACCACCUCCACGAUCAUCAAGGAUGAUGAGAAGAAAGAUGAGGAGAUGAGAUUCCUGAGACGUCAAGAACUGCGUGAGCUCCGUUUUCUGCAGAAGGAAGAGCAACGUGCUCAGGCUGGGCUAAAUGCCAAACUGGAAAUACAGAGAGAACAAAUGCAGAGACGCUUUGACCAGGAGAUGAAUGCCAAGAAGAAGCACUAUGAUGUGGAGCUGGAGAACCUGGAGAAGCACCAGAAGCAGACCAUUGAGAAGAUGGAGAAUGACCACAAUGUUAAACUCAAGGAAGAGACCAAACGCAUCAAAUCAGAACAGGAGCGCGACCACGACAAGUUUCAGGAUCAGAUGAAACAAAAGAAAAAGGAGGUAAAACAAUCGGUUGAUAAGCUGCCCAGGAAUCAGCGUAAAGAAUCCUUGAAGCAGAAGAUGAAUUCCUUCCAAGAAAUUAAGAUAAGAGAUGAGGAUCAAUUCUUGGCAACUCAGAAGAACCACCUGGACACGACGUUGAAGAGAAUCAUCUCCAGCAACAAGAGAGAGAUUGCAGAAAUGGAGAGGGGAUGCCUUAACAAGAAACAGCAGCUAAUCAGAGAGCGUGAAAGUACCAUGUGGGAAAUGGAGGAGAAGAACCUUUACGAGAGACACCAGUUAUUGAAGCAGCAGUUGAAAGACCAGUACUUCCUCCAGAGGCAUCAGCUUGUCAAAAAACACGAGAAGGAACAAGAACAGAUGCAGUGUUACAAUCAGCGAAUGAUUGAGAUUCUGAAAGCUCGGCAGCAGCAGGAGAAGAACCGGCUGCCUAAGAUCCAGCGUGGCGAGGCGAAGACCCGCAUGGCCAUGUUCAAGAAAAGCCUCCGCAUCAACUCAACGGGCAGCUCCUCGGAGGACAGAGAGAAGAUCAAACAGUUUUCUCUGCAGGAGGAGAAACGGCAGAAGGCAGAGAGGCUUCAUCAGCAGCAGAAGCACGAGAACCAGAUGAGAGAGAUGAUUGGCGAGUGUGAAGGCAACAUCAGAGAGCUGCAGCAGCUACAGAAUGAAAAAUGUCACCUGUUGAUUGAGAAUGAGACUCAGAGACUCAAGCAUUUGGAUGAAGAACACAACCAGCUGCUGAAGGACUGGAGGGAUCAACUGAAACCCAGAAAGACGGCCCUUGAAGAGGAGCUAAACUUGAAGAAAAGGGAGCAGGAGGCUUUCUUUAAGAUGAGUGAGAAGUCGUCUUGCCCAAACCCAAGUUCUCCCAACAAACUCUCCAAGUUUGUGCCCUACCAAGACUCUUCCACAACAUAAAAAACAUCCUCUGUGACUUUGCACAAUAGUUCCUCCCACCACACCCUCACUUGUACACCCACAGGCGUUACAAUAGCCUGCUGCCUCAGUUUUAAUUUGCUUCGCCUGCAAUGGCAGCAUACAUAUCCCUCCAUUGGGUUCCUUUAAUGUUUUAGUGAAUAUUUAUGUUUUUACUAAUGUUCUAAGGUUUUUCUUUUCUUUUUUUUUCUUUUUAAAUUGUUUUAGUAUUUGAUGGAUUUAAAACUCUUCAUGUGCUUCACAUGGCCUGAUUACAUCUGCUCCCAUACAGAGUGUUUUGAUUUCCUUUUUCUGUUCAUGUUGGCUUCUUAUUGCCCACCAGUGCAACAUGAAGGUAAUAUGAUACUGUGGCAUAGAGCUGAAGAUACCAAAAAUAAUAUUAUUUGGUUGGGAAUAAUUUCUUUUUGCGUAAGGAGGAAUAGUGUUUGUUCGUUUGAGAACUGGUGAGCCAGUACAUAAGCACUUUUUGUUUAAUGAUCAGUGCCGUCUUCCAAAUCAGUGCCGUCCUCCAAACAGAAACACACCCAAAAUUUGAUAGUCACUGACCGUUUUCUUAUUUUACCCCAUUUCUGUAUGCCUUGGCUCAUUGACCCGUUUGUCCAUAAGUUAUAUAUCGGCUAAUGUCUGCUUUUAUUUAUUUUCACUGACAAAGACAACCAUAUCCAGAUUUAUCACUGUAAAUGUUCAUUUUGAUGUAUAUUUUUUAACACCCCUGUUAUGAAGAAUGUUCUUAUUAUUUUGUAUUGUUUGAAAUGGGGGAUGGGGCUUAAUCCAGAUAGGAAUUAAUUCGUUUUUUUAAUGAUUACUUGGGUAUGAUUUUUUUAUUUUUUUUUAACAGAUGAGGAUAGACUCGAACCACGUUACUAUUAUUUGUUUUUUUGUUUUCUGUUGAAUUUUUACUGUAAAUUCAGUCACACUGGAUGGGAACCGAUGAAGCCAAAGCAAAAUACUGUUGUUCUUUGAGGGACGUUAGAUAGGGGAUUUAAAAUCAAAGAAAUGUACUAUGUGUAUAAUUGUUAUACCGUGUGCAGUAAAUGCACUGCCUGCUAACCAAAGUGCAAUAUUACAUGUAUGUCUUUGCUAAGCUUAAAGAAGUUUAUUUUUCUUAAACUUAGUCUUCCUUUGCACUGAGAGGGGGAAUAAUAUGAAGAGUUUAACUCCAAAAAUAGAUUCAACAACUUUUUGAAAGAACCGGCAUUGAUAAAUUAUUGAAUCAUACUCAAUAUUUUUGAAAGCAAUGAUUUCUGAUUUUAUAACUCAACUCUUCAUAUCAUUUUAUGGGAGUACAAUAAUUCAGCCUGCUGUAAGGUGGCUCUAGAUGUUAAAUCUUCAACUGAAACCUAACCUUUGCAGCUGAGGAGCUUGUUGCCUUGUCAGGUGAGAGAAAGUGUUUUUUGUUUUAAACAGUUUGGCCUGCAGAUUUACAUUGAACCAGGUCAGUAAUCAGGUACAGCUUUAUCUUUCUCUUCCUCUCAUAUGCUUUCUCAAAAGUAUUUAAAUUAGUUGUAAAAAUUCUCUCUUUUGCCAUGUUUAAUGGCUCCAUGUAUGCCUUCCUCUCUGCCUCAGUUUACAUGAUAUUGUUUGUAUGGAGGGGUUGUGAGUGUGAAUGAAACUGUAACAGAAGGAACCACUGUUGUAAAUUACUCAAUAAAGGCAGAUUUUCUAAUG